AGACGUUCUAGCCUGCGGGGGCUCUAUAGGGGUUAACGGGUCCCCCUCUGCGGGGCGGUGAGCAGCGCCAGUGCGGGGAGUGCGUCACCCCCGCCCAGGGCGGUUAGAAUUGCCGCGGGAAGAUGCUCUCUGGGCCGGGAGCGGGUGCCACAGCGUCAGUUACUGAGCGCGCGCGUCCCGCCCCCCGGCGCGCCUGCUGAGCCGAGCCCGGGCGCCGCCGCGCUACUCCCGCCGCUGCCCACCUACAGAGCGCGGACAGGGGCUAGUGGAGGCCGUUCUACUCCUCGGUACUAGCUGUCUGUGGCAAAAUCGCCCUGCCAUCCUGGCCCCUGCAGCAGCAGCUUGGAUGAGCUCUCCCCUCACUCCCCUGGGCCCCACCUUGAUUCUGUGGUGUGCUGGUAUUGAUGUACAGAAAAGGCAUUUGAAUACAAAACUUCUGUAAGUGACAUGGAUAAGAAAAGGAAGAUGCAUAGUAAAAGCCACAUGCCUGCUCUUGAGAAGACCUCAAAGAAAAAAUUGGAAAGAAAUAAACUGGAUUUGGAUGCAGAAGACAUUGCUUUAAUACCCACCCAGGAAUACAAAACCAAGUCCCAUCCUCGCAGUAAAUUACUUCCAUGUGAGGAACCAGAUGUCUCAAGGAUAUUGAAGAUAACUGAGACUGGGCAAGUUGAGGAGCCCGAUGAUUCAUUUGAUCACCCUUUACACAGCACUGCUGUAGACGCUGGUGGGAAUGUGGAAUUGCAGGAAGAGGAACACGACAUGUCAGCUAGUCAUUCAUCUGAUUCAUCUCCACAAGGGAAAAAUGCAGAAACAAGAAAAAAUCACUGUAGCUUGAAAAUGACUGAAGAUAACAAAUCAGAGACAGAGGAUUCUGAAGAUGAAUCCCUGAAGGAGAAUAAGGUACAGAACAAGAUAUUAGGAAACUCCAAGUCCAGUGUGGAGGAAUCGAAGUUACCAUCUGCAUUAGCACUGAGGAAUAGCUCUUCAGAAAGCAGCAUAUCAAAUAAGGUUACAGAUUUAGUGAAGAAGUUGAAUGCACAAAAGAAGCCCAAGAACGGUGCUAAAUCCCAUGUGAAACCAAAGAAGUUUUUGCAAAAGACUGCAUUACAUCCUUCUGCUGAUAAUAGCCCAUGUUCUAUACAGAUUUGGUGCCCAAAAGGGCUGAAAAGAUUUUCCCAAGAUAUUAUAGAAUUGGAUGUUGUUCUGGCUGAGUUUGAGAAGACAACUGCAGACUACAAACAAAGGGUGGAGUCUAGGAUUUGCAGGGAAGCUAUUGAGGGCUUCUAUUCUGGCUUCAAGGACCAACUCACUAAUACUAUAACAGAAGUCCAGGAACUGAAGGAUUUGAAAAGAAAAAAUGCUAAGGUGAUCACAGACAUCAAUAAAAAAAGAAGGCGUUUGCUGGAAGUUAGAGGAGAACUAAUUCGGACUGGACCACAACUGAAGCAACUACAAAGAGAAUAUGCUGAGCUACAAGAGACAGAAUCUUCUAUCAGGAAUGCAACCCAGUUCCUAACUGAUUUAAAGGAGGUGCAGCAACAGUAUUUAAAUUACAGAGAAGACAACCCACAAGAAAAAGUAGUCUAUGGAACUUCCAGCAUUCCUGCUCUUCUGGUGGAAUCACAACGAAUUUUAAGAGCUGAAAGUCAUUUUCAAAAUAUCAACACAAGAUUACAAGAGGUUCUGAAUUUGCAGAAAAAGGAGCAGCCAGAGAUAUUUUAAAUACUUUGCCUUCUAUUUGCAACUAAGCAUAGUUAGCAUCAGUUAAGUGUAUUCAUAUACCUAAACAAGAAGCAAGCUAAGUAUACAUGGUUAUGACAUUGCUACUCCUCAUGUAGAUUUUAGUAGUUUGUGUUUGCACUCUAACUUUUGAUAUAUUAUUUAAAUACUCCCAUAAGCAUUUAAUAAAACAAAGCAAUGUGUUUAAAUUGCUUCUGAUUUCAAAUCUUUCACCUCUAUAAAUAAGUGAUGUGAGUCUCUUGUCAGAAAAGUUGAUAUGUUUCUAAAGAUUUACUAACAAUUGUGAAGGGAACGUGUGGUUUUUCACUUUGAUGUAUAAUAAGUUUUGUGUGCGGCAGCCUGGAGUAGAGGGUAGUAUGACAAACCAUUAAUGAUCUCAAUGAAUCAGUGAUAAAUCUAGUGCUUUAAAAUUAAUAGGAUUUUAUUAUUGGAUUACCAGAGUAAUCAUUUGGAAAUACUAAUGUGACAAGAGUAGACAUUUUCUUUAGUGGACAUUACAACUUAUAUAUACUGAAAAACCUGUUGUUGCUCAUCCUAAAGUAGCAUAAAGAUAAUUUGUAAGUUGCCUGUUACAAGCCUGAGACAUGUCUAAAUUGUUCCACCAUUAUAUGCAUAAUGGAUAAAAUAUUUCUAAAACUAGUAUGUGGAUUUUUAAAAACAGCUUAGUUAUAACAAGUGGUGAGCAUAAUGAAAGGUAGACAAAUCCUCAAAAGUUUUUAUCUAAAGUAUGGAUUUACCUUUUGGCAGGCCCACAUAUAGGUAAGAAAUCCUGCUUGCCCUUUGUAAAGUAACGAAGUACAGUACAGGCUGUAGGCAACAUCCUAAACAUUUGGACAUAUGGGAAGAAACAUGUUCUAACCACAUUCCAUCCCUUGGUAAGUGAAUUUUACCUGAAUCAUUGUCCAUAAAGCUUUUUGAGUGUGUUGACACUGUCUAUUUAGCAUUUUUUUUACAUUUUGAAUUUAGUGCUCCUGAGAAGUACCAGAUUGAUCGCCUGUGUCUAGCUUUAGAACAUGCACAACCCAGGUACUACUAGGGUAAGCUGAUCUACCUGGGUCUUCCAUGGUGCUUCUUUCCUGUCCAGGAGCAGCUACUUCUAGGGUUGAGAGGAUAGUUCAGUUUCUGCAGCUAUUCAGUCCUUGGCCUCUGUAAAGAGAGAGGGGGGCUUUUGUGCCAUAUGCACUGCUGCAGGUGGCAGAACCACCACUGACUAAGCUGGAACUUAAACCAGAAAUUAAAGGCUGUAUCCUAUUAAACCAUAUAAAAUGUCAUUAACACACAAACCCAAUGUACAAAAACAUAGCUAAUGGCAAGUUUACUAUGCACUUUCUUAUAAAGAGAGGAUGCUGGCAUGGUUCUAUUGGUUUCUUUUGGCAGUGUAAACGGAACUUCUGAAACUUUUGGCUUUAGAUACAUUAAGAUAUAGUUGAGUUAGCACAUUUUAUAAACAGCUACCCUUAGUUGAUAGCUAGUUGUAUGUCUUGUUACCACAAACUUCCUGUUUUCUUAAAACCUCUAUGAGAAGCUCAUCAGGUAUUUCUUCCAGGUCACAGUUCCACGUGGUCAGACUGUUGUCUGCAACUUCUGCAAGUUCAGCAUCUUCGAUAGCUUCCAGAAAAUACACAUCAUCAGUCACAUUUUCCCAUUCUGUAUUUGAACAGAGCUUGUCGGGAGACUUCUUAUUUUCUUGAUGUAUCCUUAAUGAUGUGCUUUCUGAGAAGUCUGUGAGGUUAGGUUUUUCUUCUAUGUUCCCACUCUCAUCCAUAAAAAGUACAUAUUCUUCCUUUAAAAAAACAAAUAUUACUUAUUCAACAUGUAAGUGUUCAUUACUUCUGGGGGCUAGAUCUCCUUGUUGGCUUCAUAAUGGGAGCAGAGUUAGGCUAAGGCUGAGCACUUCUGAAAAUGUCACCUCUAAUGAGCAGAGUGUAGGUCAGCUGACCAGGCAAGUUUCUUAUGUGUUUUUGGAUUGUGGGCAUUUACCAUACAGCCAGACCCUAAUCUUAUGAAAGUCAGUUUUCAGUAGGGCCAAAAUUUAGUCCUUAAAAGCAGUGCCUUGUAACUGGCAAGCUUUUGAAAAUCAUGCUGUAAGAGCACUACUGAGUUUGCUCUAGCUGCAUCUGUAGGGAGAUAACACAUUUUAUGGAUAUGUGCUGUUUCAAAAAGAAAUGAUGAUUAUUGAAGGGAUGCAACCGAUCUAAAGAAGUUACAUGCCCAAUUGUAAUAUUUUCCAAGCAGAACUAGGGGAGAGACACACACACACACACACAACUUGUAUGGCCCUGCGGAUGUCACGUGAGCCGUAGCUGUGUGCUGAUUGGGCCAAGAACCACUGCUUUAAAUAGUGAUGAUUCACUUACUAAGAAUUUUUUCCUAAAUAGGUGUAACUUACCAACAAUCAGUUCUGCUUCAGAUAGGACUUCAUAAACUUGCAGUACACCGAUCAAUAAACCAUGAAAAGUUUGGUUGAAAGGUAAUACCAGCUACUGAAAAGCUGUUAUUUAUAAAGCUCAAGGUAGGGGUUGCUUGGUCUUCUCUACAAAGGUUGAAUAUUUACAUUAUUGCUUUACUACACUAUAUGAAAGGAUUUUCUAAAUGAAGAUUAACUUCACUCUUCAAAGUCCAUGACUAUCAUUUAAAUUCCGUGUGAAUAAAUUUAAAAGUGUGAAUCAGUUGUUUCAGCAUAUUAAACCCCUAAUGCUAUGUAUUAACUAUGCUACUAUCAGUUUGUGUGUUGCAAACACUGGUUGAAGUCUGACUUGUAUUUGCCUAAGCAUCAGAAAAAUAGAAAACGGAAUGUAUUCUUUGAAUCCUCCAUGAAGUUUAAAGGUGACACUCAUGUAUUGAUCAGUUAGAUGGUGUAGAUAUAGUCAGAGAUUAAAAGAUCUUGUGCACAAGGAAGAGAUUUGCCUUAGUCUAGGUGAGAUAUUGGUAACCUUGCCUACGGCCAGUCUAUAUUAGCACUUCCCUUGGUGGUAGGAGUACUAGGAGGAGAAUUCUGAAAUAUUUAGGGUCCAAUUAUGCAGUCACUACAGUUGAUGGGUCCCAUUGCCAUCCAUUGAACAACUCACAAGUGAGUAAAGAUUGGACAAUCAUUCAGUCCCUUAGUGUAGGCAAGAUUUUUAAAGGGCUACCAGAGAUGACAGUUUGGAACACACUUGAGUUACCAUUAAGUCUUUUCGCAGUUUGUUUUUUUCUUGUGGGGAUGGGGAAGAGGGAAAGGAACAAAAAAUACAUACCUCUUUGAAAAGAAAAGGGAGGCAUAUCUCAGGGGGUAAUGGAAUACCUAAAUCAAAUACAGUGUGUUUAUAUUUUGUUUAAAGUUAUGUUUUCAAUAAAAUUACACAAAACCAUUUCAGAAACA